GUAAACAGGAAGUAGUCUGUCAGGAAAGCAGAUUUUUGUGCCUGAGAGGGAGGUACCAUCAUGGGCAAAAGCUGUAAAGUGGUGGUGUGUGGCCAGGCUGCAGUUGGUAAAACAGCUGUCUUGGAACAACUGCUGUAUGCUAAUCACAUUGCAGGCUCAGAGCCCAUGGAAACCCUUGAGGAUAUAUACAUUGGCUCAAUAGAGACUGACCGCGGUACACGGGAGCAAGUGAGGUUCUAUGACACUCGUGGACUCCGGGAUGGGAUGGAGUUUCCUCGACACUAUUACACGUUUGCAGAUGGCUUUGUGCUUGUGUACAGCGUUGAUAGUAAAGAGUCCUUUAAGAGAAUGGAAGCUCUGAAAAAAGACAUUGACCGUCACAGAGACAAGAAAGAGGUGACCAUUGUGGUGCUGGGUAACAAACUGGACAAGCAGGAUGAGAGGAGAGUCGACUCAAACAUGGCCCAGAACUGGGCGAAGAACGAGAAGGUGCGUCUGUGGGAGGUGUCUGUGGUCGACCGGCGUACACUAAUCGAACCUUUUGUCUACCUGGCCAGUAAAAUGACGCAGCCACAGAGCAAGUCCACGUUUCCUCUCAGUCGAAAUAAGAAUAAGGGGAGUGGAUCUACUGACAGCUGAAUGAACAGACAGUCAUGUACAAGAGGCAGGGAAAGGAGUUAUAGGUGUAUUAAAGGGAACAAGCUUGAUAUUAUGAAGGAUUAUUAAGCAUUGAGUUGGACUGUGAUUAGUUUAAUAUCCAUAGGGGAGGUUUCAGUAAAUACUUUGAAUAAUUAUGACUGAAUAAAAAUGCAUAUCUGUAGAUUUCACAGCGUAUCAGGAAGAACAUUAAGGUCAAAUUGUAAACUGUAAGUCACACACAAAAUAAGCACAGAGUUUUAUGAAGAUAUGUGCCUGGUUUUAUAUUACUGUUAACAGCAGCUGGAGCCUCGGCCGUGUAACUGUUGAGUUGAAAAGGCAGUAAUUAACCUCACUUUUACUGACAAUCAACAUUUUGAUCUUGGAUUAUAGUUGAACAGUCCAGAUUUUUAAGAUGUCACACACACUUGGCACCCUCUGAACAUAAUCUACCAUAUGUUCACUUACUACUGAUUUUAUGUACAUGCGCACUACAUGUACACUUAGACUGAAGUAUAAACAACAGCAUUUGCAAAUGUUACCUAAUCACAGACUGAUGCAAAUGCAGGAUUGUUUGUGUCAUAAAAGGUUUGAAAGAUGAAGUGCUUUUAUCGACUGAUGUACAGUAAAUGCUCUGUUUUGUUGGUCGGGAGAUUUGUUACACUAAUGAUAGUUUUUGCUGAAAUUCACUGUUUGAUGUUAUGUAAAUGAUUGACAUUCCUCACCGCAUACGGCCUUCUGCACAGGCUUUAUGGGUCUUCGUAUAAAAAAUGUUCAGAUUAAAAGCCGUUUCUGCAGGCUGAGGUGCUUCUAUUGUCUGCCUGCUGCAAGUAAAGACUAUAAAACAGAAUGACUCAUUAGUGGUUACAGUUACUGCUGAAACUGAAGGUGGUUUUACCUUUACUGAGUUGUAAAAUAAAAAUCACAAGUAUACAUUCCUUCACUGUUCAGUUACUGUUUAAGCUUUAUUCAGAUGCAGAGUGAGGUGAAAUGUGUACAGCUUUUGAAAAGGGGGGGUAUAUUGAUAAUAUCUUGAAGAUUCAUCACUGUGUGUAAUACAUAGAACUUUCUAUAAAUAUCAAACAUUUGUGCAUCAAUAUCAUUUGUGUUUUCACUGGAUGUUUUGUUGCAUGUUCAAAUGAUUUAUUUUCUGUGCCUAAUCAGGAUUGUUGGUGCUUGAAGAAAUAAAGUAAUGAAAUACAACACAA